AUGACUGAUGGUUUACCGCCUCGGGACAAAGGACGUCAAGCAUGGUCGAUUCUUCUUGCUGUGUCGCUGAUGCUCACAUUGACAUGGGGUUUUGGAAGUUGCUUCGGUGUUUUUCGAGAAUAUUAUUUUCAUCACGAGCCGCUGGCUGGUAAUCAGCUUGUGGUAUCUACAGGUGUCAUUCAGAUAGGUAUUCUUCAGAUUUCACCCCCGUUUCUACUUCGCUACCUUAGCGCGAAGCCAGCAUAUCGAAAAGGAAUGAUGUGGCUUGGCAUGAUUAUGGUCGUGUCAGCGUCGAUAGGUGCGGCUUUUUCAACCACACCUGUCGGCGUCAUCAUGACACAAGGUGUCUUGUAUGGAAUUGGAAGUGGCUUGCUAUUUGCACCUUCAAUUAGUUUCAUCGACGAGUGGUUCCUGCUCAGACGUGGAAUUGCAAACGGUAUUUUCUUUGGAUCAAACAACCUCGCAGCAGCAGCUUGCUCACCUAUAUUCUCUAUUGUUCUACAAAAGUUUGGCUCCCGAACAGUUUUGAUCGCUUGGGCCAUUAUUGCUGGUGUGGGGAUAUCUUUGGGCAUCUUAUUUGUACGACCACGAGUUCCUCAAAGCAGCGAAGGAUCGAAAACCUCAUUCUCGUGGCAACCGUUCCGCCGGCCACGAUUUUAUAUCUUCGCCUUGUCCAUGUUUCUCCAGGGUCUUGCCAACUUCCUCCCGGCGGCAUAUCUACCCAGCUAUAGCACGGAUAUCGGACUUUCAUUAGCCCAAGGCUCUCUCCUCAUCACCUUCUUGAGUCUUUCGGGUAUGAUCGGACAGUCACUUUUAGGCCUACUGACGGAUAAAAUCGGUGCCCAGAUACCACUCCUCCUCAGCACUUUAGUCAGUACAUUUGCUGUUUUUGUCCUUUGGGGGUUCGGCUCAAAGUACUGGAUGCUGGUCAUACUAGCAGUUCUAUUUGGUGCUUUCUCUUUCAGUUUCGCUGUGGUCAGAAGUCACAUGGCAUCGGCGGUUGUUGGUGACUCCGACCACCCCAAUGAAGAAACAGUCGUAUCUGCCGCUCUCCUUGCAGUCAGAGGCAUAGCGUGCGUAGCCUCUGGCUACACCGGUGCCGCAGUAGUCGCGUCAUCUGAGAACAUGGAUAUCACGCCAGGCUAUGGUGCUGGAAAGUGGCUGGGUCUAAUCAUAUAUGUCGGCGUGUUUAUGUUUGGAGCCAGUAUCGGUGCUGUGGGCCUUCGCACAACACUGAGACGCAAGAAAGUCGCUCCUGAAGCCGAAAUGUUGGAGAGUUCAGGUUGUGAGGCACAAGACCGCCUAAUGCAAUAA